AUGAAGCUAACCGAGCAGGACCUCUUAAUACUGGAGUUCAACUCCUACGAGGACUACCUGAAUUCACUUAUCGAUGGCAAAAGUCUCCAAUAUUUCGGUGAUCGUGAAAAUUUACUAAGUCUUUACCGAACAGGCUACCGUGCCCUCACGAAGCAAGCGUUCGAAGCACAAAGAUCGUUCCUCCAGGUCCAGAAGGAUCCACUCACUCUGUUCAGCCGAAACCUGGUGCCCAAAAAUGAAUUUCUGAAGGAGCUAGCCGCACGGGAACGUCCGAACCGGUUGGGACUGUUGUCGACGAUAAUUUACAUGCGCUACAUCAGAAAGAAUACGGAAAUUUCUGGCUACAUCGACUACGAGGACGGGUUGAAGCGAGUUCACCACUAUCAGCAGUACUCAAACGACUGGCGAGCCAUCUUUGCGGGAGAAAAAGUCCUCUACCCAACGCCCGUCGAUCUGCUGUACUACAAUGGCCGAACAGGCAGCAGCCGGAAGAACAACUCUCGCAACUACCAGAUCCUGUGCGAUCCAUUCCGUGGUAUCAUCUUCCGAAACACGUACGACCGCAAGGACAUCUAUCUCGAUCCAACGUCGAACUACUACGGCACCAAUACGAGCCGGAUCGAGGUCCCUAGCGACGUGUACGAGCAGGUCGUCCUGUACGAUCAUGUCGUGCGGAAGAACUACUAA